AUGCUGAAGCGGGCGCUGGCGCGCAAGCUGUUCGAGGCGAAAGCCCGUGUCAAGAAGGCGGAGCCGGCGGCGGACAUCAGCGCGAAGGAAAACCAGGACAAGAACCAGGGCCUCACGAAGGAGGAGGCCCUGCUUCUGGACCUUGUCGAGAUCAAGGCCUUGACGAAGCAGGGCUGCGUCGAGCAGCUCAGCGACCUGGACAGGGAUGGCGACAAGUACGAGUUGAGCGAGAUGAUCUCGGAGUGCGACCCCGAGGCCGAGGCGGUGGCGAAUUCCGACUUCGAGGGCUGUUUCGAGCAUGUGAACGAUGAGACGACCGCGUCUUCGACAGGAGGCCAGUCGUCGCAGCAAGGCUUCAAGAACAAGCAGAAGAAGCAGACGAACAAGAAUGGAUCCAAGAAGAAUGACCGCAUGCCCAGCAAACACGGGGUCGAGGGGCCUCCUACCCCUGGUUUGCUCUGCUCGCUGGGCGGCACCAGCGAAAAGGAACAGGAGAAGAUGGAGGGGGCCCUCGGCUCAGAGCGCACCGAGGGCAAGGGCUGCGUGGGCACGGACGUCAAGGUCGGGGUUGACGAGAUGGUGGACUCGUUUGAGGACCUCGCCCAGUGCACCAUCCUGGACUGCGCGCUCGCGCUCGAGGACGACGAGCGCAAGGUUGGCGAACUCCCUGAGGCGCCUGCCUUCACGACGUCGACGUCGAACGCUGUCGAGAGGGAGUCCUUGCUGGCCCAGCAGACCGAGCAGGCGCAGGUGUUGCCGAAGAUGGGGGUCAUCGACAGUGCCACGAUCACUCCCAUGGUCGACCACAUCGACAGCUUGAAAAAGGCCGCCAUAGGUGUGGUCGAGAAGGCUGCCGAGGAAGGAGUGGAGCAGUGA